AUGGAAGAUAAACCUGAGCAAACUCAAGUAGUAACAAGUGAAAAGAAGAAAGACCCAAAAAGAGUAGCUGCAGGAAAACGAUUAGCCGCAAUCAGUAAAAUAGCAAAGGAGAGGAAAAAGAAACUUGCAGAACCUGAGGAGUCAUCCAGCAAUAACAUGAUCGCAUAUGUCGGAGUGGUCAUCGCAUUGGUAUCCCUUGCUCUAGCAUUUAAUCAGCAUCAGAGGGAAACAAAGAAACCAGAACCUAAGUACAUCCCUGAAACUGUAGAAGUAACCAGGAAAGCUGAUGCGUCCAAGUUAGAUUCACUUGAAUGA